AUAGGUGUUGAGUCAAGGGAGGGAGUGCUUGCGGCUCAUUAUUACACACGGAUGUGCUGAACUGUCCGUGACAACCAUCAAAAACACGCCACACAACCGAACGAGUGCGUCCCGAGUCGAUCAGAGACGGUGGAGGUGUCGUGUUGGCUUGUUUUUGUUGUAUGACAGCAGAAGAUUGUUGAGCCGAAGCUGGGAUUUCUCCUCAGAAAGCACAGUUUAGUCCACAAGGAUGGCUUCUCGUAAAAAGGUGCUUCUGAAGGUGAUCAUUCUCGGCGAUUCUGGGGUUGGGAAGACUUCUCUGAUGAACCAAUAUGUCAAUAAGAAGUUCAGCAAUCAGUAUAAAGCCACCAUCGGUGCAGACUUUCUUACCAAGGAGGUGAUGGUGGAUGACAGGCUGGUGACAAUGCAGAUCUGGGACACAGCAGGACAGGAGCGCUUCCAGUCUUUGGGUGUGGCUUUUUACCGCGGGGCGGACUGCUGCGUGCUGGUGUAUGAUGUGACCGCACCGAACACCUUUAAAACCCUGGACAGCUGGAGGGACGAGUUCCUCAUUCAGGCCAGCCCUCGAGACCCGGAGAACUUCCCCUUUGUAGUGCUUGGCAACAAAAUCGACUUGGAGAACAGACAGGUGACAACGAAACGAGCCCAGGCUUGGUGUCAGAGCAAAAACAAUAUCCCGUACUUUGAGACCAGCGCAAAAGAGGCCAUCAACGUGGACCAAGCUUUCCAAACGAUCGCUCGCAACGCCCUCAAACAGGAGUCUGAGGUGGAGACGUACGACUUCCCAGACCAGAUUAAACUGAGAGAUGACAGACCCGUGUCCACUGGUGAUGGCUGCAGCUGCUGAGAUGGGACGUUUGGAGACCGAGGAGACCAGAGAGGCAGAGAGCCAGCGCGGGGCGGACCGAUCCCCAUGUGCAAAACAUCCAGCAUUCAGAAGAAAACACUUUCUUUCCAAACUUGUAUGUAAAGAACUGUUAGGAAUUUAAAGAAACUCCUGCUACAGCAUCACUUUUAAUAUAACUGUCUUUAAGGAUAUUAUUUCUAUGAGAAAGAGAUGAAACAUGAGCUAUUCUAUUAUUUACAAGUGAUUUUUCUUUUUGCUGCUUGUUUUGUUUAUUCCUUCAUCCAUGCAGAUUAUAGUCUUUCAGACUCGUCUCCUGCUUAUAUGUCUGUCUGUGCCUUUUUCCUUUUUUUUAGGAUGUAGAAGCAUUCACACUUCCUUGAAAUUCCUUUAUUUUGCCAAAUCCUUUAAUAUGUUAAACUUAAUCGAUUCUUUAACUAAAAAAAAACUACACGCACACUCAGAAUAAACAGCCCAACAUGUCACAAUAUCAAAAUCUUCAGAAGAAUUUAAGAGCUGCCAAGGCUAGAAAGAAAUAUUCAAAGUUUGUGCCUAAGGACGCCCACCUACACAGUACAAGUCUUCGGUACAGGAAGGCUGGUGGUGUCAAAUGAACGUUUUGGGGAUCUGGGAGCUCACGAAAUAUUAAGUGCAAUCAUUUUAACCAUGCAACAUGAUUCCUUUUGCUUCAAAUGAAAGCGUUUCCCCAGUUUUAAUGUAUGAAUGUAAGAUUAAUGAUUAAUUCCUGUCUUGACCUCAUGCUGUUUAAUUACUUGGUUUACAGUUUAUUUUUAUGUUUCUGUGUUCAUAUAGUAGACAUUUCUAAUGGGCUCAUCUCAUUGACCAAAUGAUGGGUAUGAUGUAGGUCAAAUAAAGGCACAAAAUGUGAAGGAAAGCUGAAAUUGAAGAGUGAGUCCUGAGAACCCUUGAAUCCAUGUGAUUUUGUUAAAUGUCUUAAUUUCUAUCAACCAGUAUUGUAGAUGAUUUUGAUCAAAAACUCUUAGCGAUGUCUGCCAAUAGAAACACAUCUGUCCCUCUUUUAUAAGACAAUUACCUUUCCUUGAACACUGUUAAAUCAUCUCUCGGUAUUGUUUUAUCAACAAUGCUCCAUUAAUAAAUCUUUAUUCAAAUGACAAAACA